UCGGACACUGCGGCGUGAUCCUGAACGCAGCAAAUAGCAUCCAACAUGGCGGCAGAGCCGAAGACUUUGAUGCAAAGCCAGCAGCAGAGCUGGACAGAUGACCUGCCCCUGUGUGAGAUGUGUGGCGUCGGGGUGGCGCCCAGCUGUGUGUACAGCCCGGAUGGUAAAGGAACCCAGAACCACCCCAUGGAGGACAGGCAUCUCAGGCUGAGAGGCGAGAACUGUUUCCUCUACGCCGUUUUUAACGGCUAUGACGGCAGCAGGGUGGCGGACUUUGCAGCCCAGUGUCUGACCGCUGAACUCCUUCUCGGGGAGCUCAAUUCAAGUCACACAGACGGUGACGUCCGCCGGAUCCUCAUUCAGGCCUUUGAGGCAGUAGAGGACAGUUACUUUAAUACAAUAGGCGAUGCUUUGGCAAAAAAGGCUCACCUGUCCAACUACCUCCUGCCACACAAUGAGAGUCAGAAGGUCCAGGAGCGCCUGAAGGAGCUGGAGCAGGAGGUGUCAGGAGGUGCUACGGCUGUGGUGGCUCUGAUUCUCAACAAUAAGCUCUACAUCGCCAAUGUUGGUACAAACCGGGUUCUGCUGUGUAAGUCCAGCAGCGACGGUCAGAACCAGGUUCUCCAGAUCGGGCGGCCACAUAGCACCGACAACGAAGACGAGCUCCAAAGACUGGCGGCAAUGGGUGUGGACGCGGCUCGAAUACGGCAAGCGGGACAGAUCGCAGGACAGAGCAGCACCAGGCGGCUGGGAGACAGCAGAGUCAAGAUCAACUACUCUGAGAUAGAUCUGCUCAGUGCGGCCAAGGCGAAGCCCAUCAUCUCUGAGCCAGAGAUCCAUGGCAGCCACUCUUUGGACGGUGUGACAGGAUUCCUGCUGCUGAUGUCAGAGGGCCUAAUAAACGCCCUGGAGUCCGCCCACGGCCCAGAGCAGGUCAACCAGGAAAUUGUAGCCAUGGUUGCGGCCGAGCUGGCCCAGCAGACCAGUUUGGAGGUGGUGGCUCAGUCCGUGGUGGAGCGGGUCAAGAGGCUUCACCACGACGUCUUCGUGUCCGGCCGUCAGAGAGCAGCCUUCUGCUCUCGGCAUGAGGACAUGACCCUGCUCAUUCGCACAAUCAAUUACCCGCUGGCGGACGCCGCGCUCACGCCCACACAAGGCGGGCGGAUCUAUCCAGUUUCAGUACCAUACUCCAACAGCCAGAGCACCAGUAAAACCAGCGUGACCCUCUCACUGGUAAUGCCGUCUCAAAGCACCCUGACCAACGGGACUAACACCGCCUCCACCCUGGAGGAAGGCACCCCCACACCGGGGAUGAAAAUGCGGCGGCACAGAGUGUUCUUGCUGUGCACGGUGGGUCUGUGUGUCAUCUCCUUCCUCCAUUACUACAAGGCCCUGCACUACGUCUCCCUGCUGCGCGAGCUCUCCGCUCCGUACCCCAACAUCAAGUCCUUCAUCAUGGUCUCGGGCUUCUUCUGGAGAGAGAAGGGCGUCUCUGCCACCCCGCUCAGUCCCGCCUCUCCUGAAGAGGCCCCGCCGCUGCCCGCCCUCCGUCAGGGCGCAGUGAAGCCUGGCGGAGGGGCCGGGUCUUUAGGGGACGGAGGUGGAGGAGGGGCAGCAGUAGACCCGGGAGUGUUGGACCCCAACGCCAGAGUCGCCGGCAUGGCCGGCAUUAAACUUUUCGAGGUGAGAGCGAUGAAGGAGCCGGCGCCUCCACAUCCCUGGGAAAAACCAGAGGAGAACCACCUGGGAGACUCGUCAAGAGAGAAACAAAGUGAGGAUCGUCACAUUGAGCCCAACCUACAAAAACUGCGGGAACAAUUAGAAAAAGAAAAGCUGUCCGACCCGAUAAAGUCCAUGGGCGACCUUCACACCCGCAGUCACCAGCUCCAGGACGACAAAACCUCGUAUUUUGUGCGUACGAGUCGUGGGGCCUACUGUUUCAGACAGGGGACGGAGAUCAAGGAAUCCUCUGUAAAAGCAGCAGCGGGUGUGGCUGGUGACGUUUUGGACGUGGAUAAAGCCGCUCAGCGGAAACCUCUGGGGCUUCAGCAGCAGCAGACCGGGAAGGCAAAGGGCAAAGGUCAGCCUUUGGGCAGCGGGAAGCAGCUGGUGAAGUGUGUUUGCCGGCCGGGCUGGCACGGACCUUACUGUGGGGUUCCCACCAUGGUGUACCACUCCAACCUGCCGACGAAGGAGCGGCUGACGCCCAGAAAGACGCCGCGGAGAGUCAUCAACGCCAUCAACAUCAACCACGAGUUCGACCUGCUGCACACGCGCUUUCACGAGCUUUCGCAGGCCGUGGAUUUGUUCCUGGUGUGCGAGUCAAACUUUACCGCAUAUGGAGAGAAACGGCCGCUGAGUUUCCUGCGUCUCCUUCUGAACGGAACGUACGACUACGUCCGUCAUAAGAUCCUUUACGUGUUCCUCGACCACUUCCCCGACGGCGGCCGGCAGGACGGAUGGAUAGCCGACGACUAUCUGCGGACGUUCCUGACACGCAACGGCUUGUCCAGGGUGAAGGGGGCCAGGUCGGACGACGUGUUCGUCAUCAACGAUGCCGACGAAAUCCCAGCGCAGGAAGGCCUCCUUUUCCUCAAGCUGUUCGACGGCUGGACCGAACCGUUCGCCAUACACAUGCGAAAGUCUUUGUACGGCUUCUUCUGGAAGCAGUUCGGGACUCUGGAGGUGGUGUCCGGCUGCACGCUCAGGAUGCUCCGCGACGUCUACGACGGCGACGGCAUCAAGCUGCGGCGCCGCGAGUACUACACCAUGCCGGGCUUCCGCAAGUAUGAGAACGACACGGGCCACAUCCUGGUGCAGUGGUCCGUGGGGAGCCCCUUCCACUUCGCCGGCUGGCACUGCUCCUGGUGCUUCACGCCCGAGGGGAUUUACUUCAAGCUGGUGUCGGCGCAGAACGGGGACUUCCCCAGGUGGGGGGACUACGAAGACAAACGCGACCUCAACUACAUCCGGGAACUGAUCCGGACAGGGGGCUGGUUUGACGGCUCCGUGCAGGAAUAUCCCCCUGCGGACCCCAAAGAGCACAUGUUCGCCCCCAAGUACAUGCUGGAGAACCAUAAAAGGUUUCACUACCUCCUAGAGAACCCUUACAAACACAAAGUCCAGAACGAAUGAAGUCUAAGAGAUCACGCUUUGGGAGAAUACCUAACAGAAGUGCCCGAGAGUGGCCUUCGCACUGAGCUCUGGAGGUGGGCUGACACCGACGGACAAAAUCUCGACGGACGAUGACGGCGAAGGUGAUGCGAGGAUUUAAAAGCUCUUCAAAUUAUUUUGGGGUUUUAAAACGGGAACACAAAAAUGACAACAAUGGGUUUACAAGUUCAGUGUUGGUGGGACGAAACCCCUGGAUGAACAAAAAUAAAAAGUAAAAAAUAUCACUGCUUUCCACGUCGUUCCGUCGUCACAGUGAGAGGCCAAGCUAUUUCUCCUCGCCUGCUUACUUUGUAUCUCAUCCGCCACUGGAAACACUUGUAGGAAGAAAAAUAAUAAUAAAAAAAAAGGCAGGGAAGCAACAAGCGUUUUAAUUAUAUUUUAUUUUUUGCCUGUUCCUGUCUGCUUUCACUGAAGUUUACAACCUGCCAGACGCUCGGCUUUCAAUCCCCUCGCUCUCUGAUGUCUUCCUGUCAUAGUCGGUGACCUCCUUCAGAGCCGGACGCAUGUUCAGAAGCAAAACAUGGAGAUCUCAAGGUCUGCUGAGAGUACCAAACAAGUAUCACAGGCUUCUGCUCACGUUCAUGGUCAUGCACCUUAAGCUCGUCUGCGUGGUUGUAAAUAGUGUGUGUGUGUGCGUGUGUGUGCGCUCUGUGUUGGUGCCGUUCGGACUAAGAAAAUCAAUGCGAGUAAAGAAGGUUCAUAAAGAAAAAGGGGUGGCGUAAUGAAAAGGAUAUAAAAUGAAAUACCACAUGGAUGGUGUGUGCUGAGUUGGGAGUGUGUUUUUCAGAGGUUAGGGAGGGAUUUGAGCGAAACGUUUCGGUCCCAUCAGGGGAGAAUCGAGAGAAGCUGCAGCCUUAGGUUUUCAGAUCCGUCCGGUUAGCAGCUGGGGUGGCCGGGUUUUCCGUGGCAUCUCGCAGAGAAGGAGUGGUGGUGGUGUGGGGCGAGGAUGUUCACACGUCGGUGCUUAGAUGGUCUGAACCGUCCUCAGGACGAUUCGCUGCCAACGCUCCUCCGAGGGUUUCCUGUCCCCAUAUUCCUUCCAAUGUCCCGUCUUGUUUUCCAUUCUCCAUUUUUACGCUCUUUAAGUUCCUCAUCUUGAUGUGUUAAGUCAGAUGAGUUGAAAGUGGCCCAGUUUUUACUUUUGCUCUCUGUUAGAAAUGCACCAGUCUUUCAGGGAGACAUUGAAACCUGCCAAUAUUCCCCUGAUUGGCUCUGAUCACUUUGAUCAAUGAGUACAGGAAAAAAUGUCACCAUAACAAAUUUUAUUGGACAAUAAAUUGCCCCAGUAAUUAUUGCGAUAAACGAUAGUACUGACAUUUUGAGACAAUUUUCAACUUAUGUAACAAUAAUGACAAUAAAAAAUGGAAAUGGAAAUAAAAAAGCAACCGCAACAUAAAUAAAAUGGAUUAUGAAGUUUCUGUAAACUAAUAAAUAUUUAUCAUCAGAAUUCACAUUUUAAAUCAUUUUCAAUUGAAUUGAUUAUUUCUAUAAACUUACUUCCCACCAUUUUUCUCAAAGGACACCAACUCAUCUACAUUCAUGCAUUUACUUUGAGUCUAAUAAACUUAAUGCAGGUUAGGAACAUAUGCUUUGGUUCAUAAAUUCAAAUGAUAUUUUACCUGCUGUAAAAAAAAACAAAAAACCUGCAUCUUACUCAGGAUAAGCUUAAAUCAGUACUACAAGUGGAAGCUGGCAGCUGUUGUAUUUCAAAGCCUUUGUAUGAAAGUUAUUUUAUUGAUUUUUAAAUCAUCUUUAUUUAAAACGUCUUUUUUUCUGCAAAGAAGCUGAUAAAUAUGGAAAAAGUUUCAGUAAUCCUACUGUUUGAAACGCUUACAAACAAAAACAUUGGCAGCUAACCUUGCAAAAAAUAAAUCCAAUAAAACAAGGCAGUUUGUCUCAAUCAGUAAUAUUUUUGCUCUUCAGACUGCUUAACUUAUUAGUUUCCCCUUUACAUGUUCUUUUCUCAACGCUUCACGUUGAGGUGGUGCGUCGAUGGCGCAACUCCUCCAACCUCAAUUUCCUGUGUGAUUAAUCAGAGGCCUAGCUUGAAGAAACUUUCACACAAACCAUUUCCAGGGUUCUUUUUAACACUGUCGCGCUCUGUCCUUCUCUGGUGAGCCAUUCGUUUUAAUCUCAACAAAUUGUAAAAAAUGAGGAACGUAAGAAAAUGACAAACUGCAGGUGGGACAGAGGAACCACCAGAGCCUCUCUUCAAAAGUCUGCUCUUUAAGGGCCUGUUUGUCGUCGUUCUUUUCGAGGGUGAGGGAAAUUAUGGCAGAAAAAUUGACGUCACCACAAAUCCAAAUGAAAAACUUUACAAGGAACAGAGUGACUAAAAAUGGUGAAAACCUUGGAUCAUUUUUUAUUGUUAAAGCAGAUUGACCAGCGCCACCUAGAGGUGACUUAGUGUUGCUAACACCUAAAAACAGAAUGUUCUCUUUGGUUUAAGAAGUGAUCAUUUUACAGUGUAAAAUCUCUGGCAGGUUUGCUAUUUUAUCAAACCCUCACCAGGCAAAAGUUUGCUCUUAAAGCUGUGAUUUGAUUUGGAGGCCGGACGUUGGCCUGAGAUUGUUGGCUUCUUUGCUCGGGGAGGAGAAAAUGACAUUAGCCAGAAGGCCAGUGAUGCUGGUCUCUGUUUCUGGGCUGGACUGACUGCUGCUUCGACGGCACACAGUGGAAUGCAGCAGCAGCUGUCGGGGGUUUGGUGUUAGUAUCAACCAUCUAAUUCCUGGGGGGCAGCGGAGAAAUUAGCUCCUAAUAGGAUUUGAAAUCAGAUGGCCAGAGACUCUUUGUGGGAGGCUCUAAAUUAGUUUUUUUUGUGCGUGUGUAUGAUUUGGAAAAGGUUGAUGUUGGGUAAGGACGACUCUUAACACAAAUCUGAGUCAUUUAACAAUACCAGGGUGUCCGCAUCUUCUUGAAAAGUUUCAAAUUCAUGUGUUUAAAACUAAUCCCUUAAAACGUCUUAAACUCAUUUAAAGAAACACAAGUUGGCCUUGAACACGUUACCCACAGGUCUUAAAUUUCGUCAUGGCAGGUCUAUUUCUUCUCGUAGGCUGUGUGUAGUCUUUUUGUUUUUCCUGAAUCUGCAACUGGUUGGGAGUCUGGUGAAUGCUUGAAAAAUCUGUAGCUUUAGACGGUCCAGUCAAAGAACGACAUGUCGUUGUAGGAGAGCUAAAUGCUGUUGUCGGAUUUUUUGCUAGUGUGUUUCCGGUCUCAUUUGCUAUUACUCAUUGAUUGAUUGAUCAGUCAAAUUACCAAUCAAUCAAAUUUUAUUUGUAUAGCACAUUUCAGAAGCAAGGCAUUUCUGAGUGCUUUACAUCAUAACAAACACAAAAACACAAAGGGUUUUUGCCUUUGCAUCCACAAAAGGUUUACUGGUUACACUCCCACUGUGUUAUAUGGAGCAAAAUACCUGUUGGAUUUUUUUUUUUUCAGUUAAUCACAUGCAGACGACGAUUAAGUCGUUGUUCUGCUUUAUUAACUAAACGAUUUGCUUUGAACGGCAUAAACUUCAACGUCGCGUGUUUCGGCUGCUUUCGGUCCAGCCGUGGCGGGUCACAGGAAACAGACACAGAGAACUUUAUUAGGUCAAACAAAUAAACUGGACAGUCACUAACAUGCCUUUGCAAAUUGUGCACACAAUGAAAGUGUGCCGUGCAAAUUGCUGCCCUAAAGCUUGCUGGGGUUGAAAUCACAGACAAGCACAGGAAUUGGGAGCCGAGAUUAGACCAGGAUUUAUUUACUGUUCAUUUGAAAAUAAUGUGAACAAGGCCCUAAUCCAGAUUUUGGGAUUGGAGUGGGCUUCCCCUAGUAAUUCAUGAUUGAGCUGUGAGGCUUGUGCAGCGUGGUUGCAGUUUUAGCACAUGCAGAUUUAUUCAGGGGAUCACAUCAAAAACCUCUAUCAGCUGUAUUUUUCCUGAAUUUUGUGGGGGGAGGGAACUGCAUUGAUCUCGUGCAGUUUUUUUUUUUUUUUUAAGUAUUUGACUUUCUGAUAAUUUGAAGUGAGAAAAAUCCCACUAAGCAGCUAAAGUACCCUCCCUCUAAAUAUCUGGCUUCAUGCCCCGUCUGUGACCAUUUAAAAAGUGGGGAGAGAAAAGUUUUGCAUCUGAGAAACGAAACCACAAGCAGGGUCCCCAUAAAAGAACGUGGGCGGCUAUUUGUGCUCGCGCGGUGCCAGGAGGAAUUGACUUGGAGUUAACACCCGCUCCCAGACUGCAGCAGUCACAUCACGCCAAACAUCUGGCCAACAGCGCUCGUGUUUACAUCUCUGCAACCUGCAUUUUUUUGAGCCUUUGUCUGAGAGCUGCAGCCGUGCCAGCCUGGGCUCUGCAAGGACGUCCGACCGCUUCGAGGCUCGGCCAGCUACCGUCUCUAUGGCCAUGGCAGCAAUCCCCCCUCGGGUUCCCGAGAUCCUCAACGGCCUGAGGUCAUCCACGAAGACUGCAGACCGGGGGUUCAAGAGGCAGUAACCGGGAAAAAUCACGGACCACUGGAUGCUCAGAGCGGUUGUGCGCUCACGGCCAGAAACCUCGUUAUUAUGCAUGGAGAGCAGCGCCGGUGCCACCUCUGUAUCUGCAAAUAAAACAUGGGCAGAUCAAAACCGAGAGAAUGCGGAGCAGCUUGUGAAGCAGGGAGAUAUUUCACAGCUUUAUUGGGUGAAACAUGCUUGUGUGGAAGAGAGAGGGAGGGCUUGAUUUUUCACUUUGAAGUAGAGUCAUCACAGUGAUUAAACGAAAGCCGUCCUAAAUGAAUCGAGCCGUACGUCAUCCCUGAAAAAGAAAAUCUAUGAAGCGGUGACGGAUUCAGCCCGGAUGAAGUUGCAAUGUUUCGAGGCGAUCUGCGCCGCCUCGCUGGGCUUGCAGAAAUUUCUUCCUUUUAUUUAUUUCUGGGGUUUUUUCCCCCCUUUUCUUUAAGCCCUUCUCCAAAUUGGAAGCUGCGUCUCGCUCAAGGACCUUACUGCAGAUUGCGUCCGCUCAUCAGAUGUUAAAGGCGGUGAGGCCUUUACGCGUGCGGACAGACAGAGCUCAACCCUCGCCGGUUUGCUGUCUCGUUUUUAUCAACAUCAAGCCUUGAAUCGGCAAAGAAACAAUGAGGCCGAAGUUGAAUGGGAGUGGACAAAUUCAAACAUCCCUCCAGGUCUUGCAGAGAUCACGCGACCAUUACUCAGGUCAGUGUUUUAACGGAGCUGCUGUGUCUCCACCAUGAGGCACUUUGCUCUCCAGAAGCUCUCCAACACUUGUGUAUUUGGUUUUCAAAAUAAAGGCCAAGUAUAGCUGUAGUUCGUUACAUUUACUGCUUAAUAUAGGGUUCAAUUAUUCUAAACACCUGCAGUAUGUAUCUGAUCACUAAUUACAGGUUGAAAAAGGUUGGAAAACAUGUGGCAAAGGUCAUGGGGUCAGAAGUUCAGACUUGUGACAAAGACUGAGGCUUCUGUACCUGGAUCACACACUCCAUCCUCUUCCAUCUUAUCUCAUCGUCCAUUCCCAUCAGCCCUGUUUGGGCCGCUUUAAUCAAACUCCCAGAAAGUCUAGUAAGUCCGAUUCAUUUUGGGGAGGUGUGAACGCGCAGUUGAACACCGAUGCGGACCAAAACAGCUCUCUGGCCCGCCGAGAAACGCCGGUCUCAGUUUGGUUGAAGUGUUUGGUUCAAAAGCAUAUGAGGAUGCAAGUGGACCGGAGACCACCCAAAAAGCAGAAAGAGGACAAUAGGGCAAGGCAUUCUGGGUAACUACAAUCGAAACAAACUGAAAAAAAUAACACAUGUUGUAAUUCUGGUCCUCAAUCGAAUCGAGUCUCCCGGUCUAUCAGGUGUGAAGACACCUAACGACUCCCUCACUCAGUUUAAAGCACAUAACGUAUUUGGAAGGAUGUUGUAAACUUUAUUUCUGGCUGAAACGGUUUUAUUUUCAAAAUAAUCCCAUGAAAAUCUAAAGGAACUAAAGGAGGUGCUUUUAAAAUUUUACCGUCGUGUUCUUCAACUCAGAAUACAAAUGUUUGACACAUUUGUCAUAAAUAGCUAAUAAAAUAAUUUCUCACUCAGAUAAAUAUUAUCAACAUGGGGGCAGCAUAUCCAACAUAAGAGACAGGCGUCUCACCAAAGACGCAUUAUUAUUUCUUAUCGGGCGUCUGCUACAGUAAAUGUGGCUGACUCGAUGCUGUUGACUGGAAAACGGGAUUUAUUAAGCAUAAAAUGCAAAACUGUAGAGAAGACAGAGUGAUCCUGCUGCAGAGGGGUUUGGGAGUUGCUAGGAAACGGCUCUCUGUGCAAGCUUUAAUUGCUUGGAGUUAUUGAUGUCAGCAACGGGGAAGCGGCAUGAAGGGGCAUUCAGAGUAUGAAGCCAGAGGUGUCUAAACUUAGACUGUAAGGGACACCAGAGAAGCGUUUCGUAUUGAGUGCGCAGCCUUACUGUAGUUAGUACAUCAGUUCGUAGCUGCAUGUCGGUCAGAUGUCCUUGAAUUCCUGCGACGCAAAAAUGGGAGUGAUGUAAGUCAGCAGGGAAUAUUGACUUGAAAACGAGGCAAAUCAAAUAAAUCAGAAAAGGAAUCAACUCUUCAGAUGAGUUAAUAAUACGUUUAAUGUAUUUGUGGAGUUCAGCACGUGUGCUUUCUAUUCAGAUGGCAUUCUGGGUAGUGUUGACCUCUCCCAUCUGUUUCUGUUGUCUCAUUGCAGCUGAUUGGCCGCCUGCGCACUCAGCCGACAUUCCUACAUGACUCUGGACCUCGUCCAGCAUUGUUGCCUCUACUAAUAAGCUCGGGGAGUUUUUCUAAAACGGUAAAAAAAAAAACCUUGGCAGCCAGUGGAGUGGGAAUGAAAAGAGAAGUGAAUCCAUGGGGGUUUCGAGGAAAGGGACUGGAUGUUUAAUAGAGUUCAUUCUCGAGGUUUUUUUUUUUUUGGCUUGCGUUACUGCUUUUGUUUUUGUCAUAUUGUCAAAUGUUAACUAAAGUGCGGAGUUAACAUUUAGUCAGCGUCAGAAAACUAUGAUGAAACAUAAACUUUAGGAAUCCUUCCUGAAACUACAAUGGGAAAACUUACAUUCAGAAAAACGCUCAGAAUCUGACAGCUGCAUUAAUGUGUCCACACAAUGCAACUGGGGGUUUAGUCGCAAAGUUACUUUCAGGCAAUGAUGUUAGCAUCAUUAUAGAUCUAUAAUGUUCCACUUCAUUUGGCAUAUAGCUUAGGUUUCUGUUGUAGGAUAGAAUAAAAAACUUUCUAUUGCUCAUGAAUUUAAAGGGAACUUUGAAGUGAACUGCUGUUAAGCUAAUAUGUGUCGCAAGGCAUUAGCUUGGGGUUUGAGGCUCACGCUAACGGCAAGCUAGUGGCUAAUCCAGGAGAGACUAAGACCAAAACAAACCUCUAACACAACUCUGAUCUUAAAAAACGCCAAGACAGUUCAUCCAAAGACUAUUAAAUUUACUUUUAAAUCUGUCAUGAUUGCGUUUAAAUACAAAGGUACACAGUCAAUGUACCUUUGCAUAUUCACAGAUAAAAAUAUUGGGAAUACACACAAGUGAAUAAGUCCAGCCAACUACUGUAAAAGGCCAAAGGGUCAGUGUUGUGUACUUUCCAGGCACAGACUGCCAUUUUAUAGCUCAAAUAAGUAACUAUGUUAUCUUCAGUUAUCAUGAACAUAUAAAAGAAAUUUUACUUUGUAAGUUAACACCUUGAAACAGAGCAGAACUGCUCUUUCUGAAACUCCUCCUUCAGGAAGUCACCACAACACGGCUCCUCUAUUAACCCUUUAACAACAAUUUUACCGGCGUUGCACUGAGAAGUGGCUCCUAUGACCUCAGAAGAUGAACAGUUUCACCAGGUGUUUGCUAAUUGCUGCUGGCUAGUCUGAAGGAGCUGAGUGGUUAUGUUAGUGGCGGCUCCUGGUUCCCCCCAGACACUUUGCACAGCUGAAUGGUUGGAAAUUCACAACAUGCGUAAAAGAAUCAAAUUAAUACUCCAGGUAUGUUUUGAUGAACAUUAUAACAAGACAUAAAGCUAAAAAAAAUUUUAUUUUGGAAAAAUACUGCCCCUUUAAUAAAAAUUUUCUCUGUCACAGGACAGAUGGUAGAAGAAACUCACUGAAUCAACAGCCAGUUAAGAUUUGCUGCUCUGUGACUUGGAGGCCGCUCCUCUGUAAACAUGGCGGCGUUUAGCAUCCGGAUGCCUGGAAUCUCUGGUAUGUGUUUGUUAGUUUCUGCGUUUCUGAAUGCGCUCCGCAGCAGAUUGUUUGGCUCUGGGGCGGGUAUUAGGCAAAUCAGGUCCAAGGCUCCAUAUGUUGUGAUAUAGCAGAUGAUAAAGAGAUUUUUUUUAAAAAGAAGAAAUUGAUGAAAGUCAGAGUGACACAGCAGAAAGACAGACGGGCUCAGUGACACAUUCGUACCUGAGAAGGCGAGUGGCCGUGGAUCGGUUCCCGUCUGAAUCGGAGGGCAAGGGACCGGUCUGACUGACGGACUAGGAGGAGAAGAGGAAACAGUUUUAGUUUACAGUUUAUUUACUCACUGUUUAGAUGAAUCGGAUCAGAACCCUCAGCUGAGCCCCCGCUCUCUGAUGAGCCUGUUUUCAUCCUGGAAUCAUGAGAGAUUUGGCCGCUUUCGUUUCGCGCCGGACAUUUGCUGCCAUGUUGACGUUUGAUCUUUUAAGAUGCAGACUUCAACUACUACCUGUCCUGAGGUCUUUCUAGUUAUGCUCAGCUAAAUUACAUCCAAGUUAUAGCUUGUGGCUCAAAUUUAGUCCAUUAUCAUAAAGAAAAUGAGCAGAAAGUAUCUCUGAACAAAAAACAGCACCUUUAUUAUUAUUUGUUGAACACAAAGUACAACUAUUGGAAGCCCUGGUAGAGAUGGAUAAAGAGCACUAAAUGAAAUCUCACCUACCAUAAAACAUGGAUUACAAAAUGACUCAGAUUCCCAUGGGCCUUGUCAAAGUCAAACAGGAAGUCAUGGAUUACUGAUGAAAUAUUUUUGGAUUCAUACUCAGCAGGGGGGGAAAAAAGGACAGCAGUAAUUAGAACAAAACGCUUCUUGAUAUUUUUACCAUUCAGCAAAUAGAAAGACCAUAAUUGUGAUUUCUGCAUUAGAUAGUGAUUUCUCUUUCCAUUUUUUUUUUUUUUUUUGCGCAUCUUUACCAGGAAACCCAACAAAAAGCAUAAAUGCUGACAUUCUCAUGUCUGCUUGCUGCCGGAAGUUCUAUUUUUUUACAUUUUUACGGUUUUGUUUUGCUUGUGUCUCGUUUCAUCGUCGCCGCACACAGAGAGGGAGGCGAACCUCUGGAGAGCUCUGAGUUCCCCGCUGUCAUAAAGAAGGAGGGAUUUUCCGCUCCAACGCCACACUUACUAUGUUUGCAGUCUCUGCUUGUUUUUUUCCCCCUCAGUGCUUUUCUUCUUUUUUAUAUUUAUAAAAUAUUUCUGUGUGUAAAUUGGGAGUGUUUGGUUUCCCAUCCCCAACUUCCAUUAUGUUUUUUGUACUUUAUUUUGUAAGUCCAGCUCUGUCUCUGGUGUCUCUCCAGGGUGUGGUGUGAGGUCGGGGUCCCUCGGCUCUGUUUUUAACACACUCUCUCUGUUUCGUUUCCGUCACGCCGUCGCUCGAAUCACGCCGUUCCCCCACUGGUCUUCAUCAGCACUCGUUUUUCCACGACUCUUUUCUGCUUCAGAAUGUGUUUUGAUUUCUUGAUGACAGAUAUACUUCAAAAUGAACCCAACAUUUAAAGCAAGACAAAAAAAAAUAUUGCAGAAAAUGAUAUAUUAUUAUUUUUUUUAUAAAUCUGACUACUAGGCACUCGGUUUGUGCUCUCACUGAUUACUGUAAAGGCUUCCACUUGUUUGGCACACACACAAAAAAAAACUUUGCAUUUUUAUUAUUAUUUUUAUUAUUAUUUAUAAAUAAUCCAGGAUACUGAUAACAUUGCUCUCAUCUAUGAUCUGUGACUGUCAUAAAGUCACUUCUUUUAUCGUCCUCAUUUCCUUCCAGAUCUAUAAAGAUAUCAAAGAAAUCUUUACCUCUUUUAUUUUUUUGUUUUUCAUCUUAACUGCCUGCAAAAUCAUGUGUUGCAACGUAUUGGAAGGAUGUUGUUUUUUUCUUUAUGCAUACAUACAUGUAUUUAUAUAUGAAUGUGUGUGCAUGUGUGUGUGUGUUUUGAGUUUCAUAAAAGAGCUACUCGGUGCACAUUAUGUAUCGUAAACAGAGUUCUAAUUUAUUUUCUUUGCUUUUUAUCCUCUUUAAUGUUGUUUUCUUGUCCUUAACCCACUCAGCCAAUGAGCUUUUAUUGAGCCCAAGUUAAAAAUAAAUCACUGACUGGUAACUACUGGUUUCCAUGUUGAUACUGGUUUCAACCCGUUAAGGCUUGAUGCAGCAUGUAAACAAGCCUGAGGCAGUUCUGGUCAUGUGGUGCCUUCGCCGUUUUGUUUCCAGGUAAUGGAGCCGCCCAGCGUUUCAUUCUGGCCAAUCAGACAGAUUUUGUUCAUUUUGGAAGAUUAUAAUUUAUUUAAUACGUGUGUUUUUUAUGACUCCAACAUGUCAGGACCUCUCAGUUAUUUUGAUUUGAUCAGGAGUCAGAAUUUGGCAUAAAAAAAAAAUUAUGUCAAAUAAUCAGAGAAUAAAAUAAACAAAAGUAAUCAGAGAAUAAAAUAAACAAAAAAACAUGAAUAUAAUAUUAGGUUAAAUUAUAGGUGAGGUUUAUGUAACUGUUUGUCUUCUUUAAUCAAGAAAUGGUUAACUAAAGAAAAUGCAAACAUGUGCAAUGGCACAUGAUUUGUUUGAAAUGAUUAGUUUCCUCCGGUGCUGGUGUCCGGGGCCAACUUUCUGCUUUCUGACACACUGCAGGCGUGCCUCUGUUAUAAAUCACAUCAUUUGCGCCCUGCAAAAACAGCUGUCAAAUACUGAAAAUGCUGACCAGAAAUCAUUUUUACUCCAUCGUUUGGUGCCCCCUCUAGCGCACCACCCCUAUACCUGGUGGUACAUUCCCACUAUGCCCACAGUUUCCAGUCACAAACUGUGGGCAUAGUUCCUUUCUUGAAUUUUUUGCUUCAAUUAUGGAACAUAUAAAAAUAUUUAAAUUAAUCAAAGAAUCCAAAUCUGUUUUUUGUGACGCAAUAAGUUAGCAGGAGUGUGUUUGCCUUUUAAAACAACAUACACUGCUAUGGAGCUGUGUGGGGAUUCCUGCACCCACACACCUGCAUACCUAACACUACCCAAAACUCAGUUCACUCCUAAAUCUGACCCCUGACCUAAAAACAGCGUUUCCCCUUGUGGGGACCAGGCUUCGGUCCCCACAUGGAGCAGACGGUCCCCACAACAUAGUGUCAGGAAAAUGGUCCCCACAAGGUAUUACAAACAAAUACACACACGCGCAUACACACACACACACAAGCCUUGGCAGUCCAGCUUUGGCAGAAGCCUGGCGCUCAGCGCAGCACUGCCACCCGGUCCCAUGUCCUCAGGCCAGAGUUCUGUCCGUGGCCAAUCGACUAGCAGGGGCGCCUGCCAGGUCUAAUCCUCUCUCCAUCCCUCCCACCGGUUUGCCAAAUUGACCCGUCGGCUCUUUCUCUGACUAAAUGCUGUUUACAGAGCUGGAGCGACAGUUUUUGGAAGCUCUCAGAUUGUUUUAUUUUGUGCUGCUCUUCAUGCUAAAACGAUGAGGUGAACUCUUUCAAACGAAGGAAGGAUAGAAAUUUCUGUUGUUUUGUUUCCGUGCACUGACUGUAAUUUUACAUCCUUUCUUUCGGUUUUUUCAUUUUUUUUUACAUCAUCGCUGGUGUUUUGGUCACAUUUUGGAGUCUUUUUACUGACAUUUCACGGGUGACAGGAAGAACUGUAUGGGGUGCCGUUUGCAAAGUUGCAUAGCAGCACUAAUUUAGUUUAUGCAAUUUGGCUCCAAAUUAAACGUUUUCCAAACUAAACAUCUAAUUUUCAAACCAAAUAUUUUCUUUCAAUCUGAAUAUAUACCUUGUUUGCAAAUACUUGGGUUGCUAGCUGAAUACUUGUAUCAAAAUAUUUAGGUCCAAUUUAAAUAUUUAAUUUUCAAACUUAACAUGCUAAAACAUGCCAAACUAAAUAUUUAAGUAUUAAGUAUAAUUUGCAUGCCAUUUAUCAAACAUGCAACUUAGUUUGCCGACAAGCAGAAGUUGAAUAAUUAAAGCUGGGUUUUAUAAGCCCUGCUGUGUGUUUCAUUCACAAUAUUUCGCUUGUGAAUUAAAUACUUUGUUUCUUAGUCGGAACUCUGGCGUUCACAAAUUUUGGAAUAAAAAGGCGAAAAUAUGCCUCACACCCACAUAUUUCAUUUUCUCUCCAUCAGAGAGAGAAAAUAAUUUGUUAUUGCUCUUAAUUUAUUUAUUUAUUCUUUCUGUAGCUUUACAAGCGGCGCUCCAUUGAACCGCGUUUGUCGAUGUGAGAUGUUGUUGGGUUUCUGUACAGUGAGUGGAAACGGAGCCGGUUAGUGCUCAGCUGAUCCAACCAAACAGGAACAGAGGGAACGUGCAGAGAAAGCAGGAGGAUGAACGUGAACUCGUUCCCUAUCAGGAGAACGCCAACAAAAAAAAAAAAGAAUAAAAACAAAGCAAACAAACUUUCCCCAAAAGAGAGAGACGCUACUUUUGAAUAAAGGAUAUUUUUCUCCUGGGUGCGGUCACAAAGAAGUGUGUACAUUUCUAAGUUAAUUGAAAACUGAAUCUUAUUUGUUCUCUAUACGAAUGGCUGUAUGUUAACCAUGAACAAGCAAUGAGAGCUACCAUUAAAAAAAGAAAAUAAAUUAAAUAUGAAAAUGUGA